AUGGGAGCAGGGGCCAGCGCCUAUCUUGCCUCUGUGGAUGAUGCCACCUUGCAAAGCAUCACUGACGAUGUUGAGAAGGCGGCGCAGCUGCUGAAGCUUGUGGCAGAGGGGAGGCGCAAACGUGAGCUCGGGCGGAGGCAGCUGACGAUCAAUAGCCUCAGUGGCUCACAGUUCCAGCUGGAAAUCGACGAGGCUGCAACAGUUCUGGAUGUUUCCCAGGAGAUCGCAGGAAUCGUCGGUGUAGCACCGGGGAGGAUGCUUGUUUUAACCUCCGGCGCUGCUGUCCUUGACGAGUCGAAGCCUUUCCUGCAGCAACUUCAUGGAGAUGAGAUUACAUACAGGGAUCAGCAAGUGGGCGCAGGUCAAGCGGCGGUGAGCUUGCUGCGCUCUCUAGCAGAGUGGCCACGACAUCGCUUAUGUGCAGCAGACACGGCCGCCACCGAUGCUAUUUCCUCGCUGACCAUUGGCAACGAAUUUGCCUUGAGCUUGGAUGCGGCCGUGCUACCGCAGAACCUGCUCACACUGGCCUUCGGAGACUGCUUCAACGAAAGCUUGACGCACGUGGCCUUGCCGAGCAGCGUGCGGACGCUGACCUUCGGUAACAGCUUCAAUCAGAGCUUGGUAGGUGUGACUUUGCCACUCAACCUGCAGACGUUAAUCUUCGGCCAAGAUUUCGAUCAAAGUUUGGAAGGUGUCGUUCUACCAUGCACUUUGCAGACAUUGACCUUCGGCGACCAAUUCAACCAGACCUUGGGAAGCUGCCCGUUGCCGAGCCAGCUCCGAACUUUGACGUUCGGCUGGGGGUUCAACCAGAGCUUAGAAGGCGUCGUGCUGCCAAGCAGCUUAAAGACCUUGACCUUUGGCCACAGCUUCGACCAGUGCUUGGAAGAGCGGGUUUUGCCGAACAGCCUCGAAAUCUUGACCUUCGGGCACGAAUUCGAUCAAAGCCUCGAAGGUGUGGUGCUGCCAAGCAGCUUGCAGACGCUGACCUUCGGACAGGACUUCAAUCAGGCGGUGGCAGGUGUCAUGUGGCCGGAGGGCUUGCAGACGCUGACGUUCGGGCGUGGCUUUCGACGGAGCCUGGAGGGCGUUGCGUUGCCAAGCUGCCUCCAGAGCCUGACCUUUGGCGACUUCCUCAUCCAGAACUCGACAGGAAUCCAACUGCCGCGUGACCUGCGCACAUUGACCCUCGGCUCCUUCGUGACCCGGAGCUUGGACUCUCUUACUUUGCCAAGCAACUUGCAAACAUUGACAGUUCGUGGCUGUGGCAAUCAGAGCUUGGCAGGUGCCAGAUUGCCAGAGAGCUUGGAGACAUUGACGUUCGGCCAAGACUUUGACGAAAGCGUAGACGGCUUGGUGUUGCCGAGCUGCCUGCAGACUUUGACCUUCGGACGCGAGUUUGACCAGAGUUUGAGCGGUAUUCAAUGGCCUAAAAGUCUGCGCACACUGGGUCUUGGCCGGGCAUUCAACCAGAUCUUGGAUGACGUCGUGCUGCCAAGCGGCCUGAAGAUCUUGACAUUUGGAGACAGGUUCAAUCAGAGCUUGGUAGGUGUGGCUUUGCCAGAGAGCCUGGAGACCUUGACAUUUGGCCAAGAUUUCGAUCAGAGCCUCGAAGGAGUGGAGCUUCCAAGCAGCCUGCAGACGCUGGUUCUGGGCGACCAGUUCAACCAAAGCUUGGCAGGUGCCAGGCUACCAGAAGGCCUGCGUACCUUGGUUCUGGGCGACAGAUUCUGUAGUCUCGAAGGCACCAUGCUCCCAAGCAGCCUGGAGGAGCUGACCUUCGGGUACUUCUUUAACGGAAGCUUGGAAGGCGUCGGGCUGCCGGAUGGUUUGCGGGUGUUGACAUUCGGCCACCACUUCGACCAGAGCCUUGAGAUCGCUCUACCUGGCAAGCUGGAGAGGCUGACCUUUGGCCAGUAUUUUGACCAAAGCCUUGAGGCCGUCACUCUGCCAAGCAGCUUGCAGACCUUGACGUUUGGCGAGUGCUUCAAUGAAAGCCUGGCAGCUGUCACUUUGCCUGAGAACUUGCAGACAUUGACCUUCGGUGAUCGCUUCAACCAAAGCUUGGAAAACGUGGUCUUUCCUAGCAGCUUGCAGACUCUGACGUUUGGCGGCAGGUUCAACCAAAGCCUGGCUGCUGCGAUGCUGCCAAGUCGCUUGCAAGCUUUGACCCUCGGUGCGGACUUCAACCAGAGCUUGGAAGAAGUCUCGCUGCCGAGUGGCCUGCAGAACCUCACGUUUGGCCAAGCUUUCAGCAAAAGCCUGGAAGCAGCUGCAUUGCUCAGCAGCCUGCAGACCCUGGACUUCCGUGGUCUGCGGAUUUGCGUCCGAGAGGAAUCAUGA